GUUGCAUUUACGUUUCAAUUGUGAAGCUGCUAGAACGUGCUUUGAAUUAUCUAGUUGCUAAAAUGCAAAUAUCUGGGCUUUUUUUCAUUUGCUUUGUUUGCAUUUUGUGGCCAAGUUUGGUGAGUGGGCAGGGUCAUGUGCUUGAUAAACCCGUCACUGAAUUGUGCCUAAACUGCAUCUGUGAAGCAAUCAGUGGAUGCAAUGCAACUGCCAUUUGCAUCAAUCCAGAGAAGGGCGCUUGUGGCAUCUUUCGCAUAACUUGGGCCUAUUGGGUGGAUGCCGGAAAACUCACAAUUAAUGGGGAACUUCCUGAGUCAGAGCAUGCGUUUAUCCACUGCGCCAACGAUCCACAUUGUGCAGCAAACACUGUCCAGAAUUACAUGAAACAGUUCAAUCAGGAUUGCAAUGAUGAUGGUGAAAUGGAUUGUCUUGACUAUGCGAGAAUACAUAAGCUGGGUGCCUACAGUUGCAAGGGGGAUCUACCCUAUAAUUAUCAAAGCACAUUCGAGGAAUGCAUUGAGAAUUACGAGGAUCAAGGAUUUGAGUAAAAAAACCAGAUGGUCCCUUCUAAGUCAGAUAAUGUUUUUAAUUUUAUUUGCUUUCAAGCUUAAUUUAAGUAUUGUUAAUCGCACUUGUUCAAACGGUUAAAUCGGAAAUAAAUCGUUUUUACAAA